GAGACAAGUUGUGAUAAUUUUAUAUUCAUCGAACUAGUCUAAUCAUAAGGUCAGUCUAGAUGAAUAUAAAAUUGGCCUUAAAAUGAUACGCAUCUAUGACAACACAUUUUUAUAUAUAGAGAGAGCAGAGUAGCCGAUAAGAUCACAAGCAUUACAAAUGGGGUCUCUGAUUAUCAGGGCCUUUGUUUUCUUUAUUUUCCUCCUCCCUCUAAAAUUCUGCCCCGUAAUAGCGCAAACGAAUUGGAUCAGGGCUGCUUACUACAAUAAUGGACGAUAUGGGUUCCCGAUUGCCAACAUAAGCUCUAGUCUUUUUACUCACCUUAUUUGUACUUUUGCUCUUGUUAAUUCUACCUCCUACGAGCUUUCAGUAUCACCAGCCGAUGAAGAACACUUCUCCUCCUUCACAAAAACUGUCAAACUGAAGAACCCAUCAGUCACUACACUGCUCUCUGUUGGGGGUGGCGGUGUAGAUUAUUCAACCUUUUCUUCAAUGGUAAAAAAUUCCUCUUACCGACAAUCAUUCAUCAAUUCCUCUAUAAAAGCAGCCCGAUUUUACGGUUUUCAAGGCCUAGAAUUUGCUUGGAAUGGUCCAAACACAACAGAUGAUAUGUUCUAUAUGGGACUUCUCUUUCAAGAGUGGAGAUCUGCUAUAAGUUUAGAGGCAGCAAACUCUAAACAGUCGCACCUGCUCUUGACAGCGAGGGUUUUAUAUUCACCCACACUGUAUUCAGCAAGUUAUCCGACAGAGAUGAUACAACAACAUUUGAAUUGGGUUCAUGUUUUGCCCUGUGAUUCCUCUAUUUCUCCCUUGGAAAACCUUACUGCUGCUCAUGCACCUCUAUAUAGUCUAUCUGGUAACACUGUUAACAUGGAUCACGGUAUAGGAGAAUGGAUCCACAAAGGAUUAUUACCUCAUAAACUGGUUAUGAUGUUGACUUUCUAUGGCUAUGCAUGGAUGCUCCAGAAUUCUACGGUGAAUGGUUUUGGUGCACCAGCAACGAGACCUGCCCUUAAUAUAGUAGGCAGUGGAACAGCAACAUAUAAGGAAAUCAAGCGAUACAUAAGGGAAUAUGGCCCUGAAGUUCCUGUCAGGUACAACUCAACCUAUGUGGUGAAUUACUGGACAAAGGAUAUAGUUUGGAUUGAAUUUGAUGACAUAGAGGCUAUCAGAGCUAAGAUUUCUUAUGCCAAGAAAAAGAAGCUACUUGGCUACUCUGUGUGGCAGGUCUCCUAUGAUUAUAAUUGGGUGCUUUCUAAAACUGCAGCUGGAGUGGCAAUAGAUGAUUCUUCAAUUCCGGACGAACAUAGAGGUGGGCAAAAUAAUAAGAGCCCUUUGUUAGUAAUCCUUUUGUCUACAACAGCUGCUGUUUCUCUUCUCUUGGUAAUAUUUAUGAUGUUUUACUGCUGGAGGAAAAAUCGCAAAAUAAAAUGCACUACAGAAUCCAAUGAUGAGGCAAACAGAGCAGCAACUGCUGCAGAUUUUAGUAGCAAUGUUCCUAAUCUGAUGGAAUAUACACUGUGCGAUUUAGAGGCAGCAACGAAUGGGUUUUCGAUCGAAAAUAAGCUUGGACAGGGUGGCUAUGGCACUGUUUACAAGGGAGUAUUACCCAAUGGACAGAUAAUAGCAAUUAAAAAACUUUCAAAAACAUUCACCCAAGAAAUUGAGGAAUUCAAGAAUGAGGUAAAGCUCACUGCGAAGCUCCAACAUGUAAAUCUUACCCGAGUUAUGGGUUUUUGUGUUGAUGCAGAAGAACAGAUACUGGUCUACGAAUAUGUGCAAAACAAAAGCUUAGACUUAUACUUAUUCGAUCCCAUUAGACGAUUAGUUCUAGAUUGGAAAAAGCGCGUGCAAAUCAUUGAAAGAGUUAUUCAAGGCCUUUUAUAUCUUCAAGAAUACUCUAAGUUGACUAUUAUUUCUCCAUAUUUAACAAUUAACAAUAUCUUGUUAGAUGGAGAAAUGAAACCUAAGAUAUCAGAUUUUGGAAUGCCAAGAAUAUUUGCGAAAGAUGAUCUUGAAGCAAACACAAAUCAUCUUGUUAAUCAUUGCCCAACCAAAUCUGAUGUUUAUAGUUUUGGGAUUGUACUUUUGCAAAUCAUCAGUGGAAAAAAGAUUUCCAUUUUAUAUGGUCCAAAUGAAAACUUGAGUCUUCCCCACUUGGCAUACGAGUUGUGGAUUGAUGGUAAAGGCGUGGAGCUUAUGGAUGACUCAUUGGACGACACAUAUUCUCCUUGUAAAUUAAUGAGAUGCUUGCAAAUUGCUCUAUUGUGUGUUCAAAAAAAUCAAGUUGAUCGACCGUCAAUGGUAGAAGUCCUGACAAUGCUAAAAAAUGAAAGCAAAGACAUCAUGAUUCCAAGGAAGCCUGCUUUCUCGAAACAAAAUAGACAAGAUGAAUCUCUAGCACACUUGGAAGAUUAUUCAUGGAGCACCCCAUCAAUUAAUGAUGUAACAAUUUCAGAUCUUGUACCCAGAUGAAUUUCAUCGUGUGUCAUGGACUUCUACUCAGCGUAGUUUUUGUAUUACCUUUUUUGUUAGUUAAUGUUCAAGCAACGUAUGUUUAAUAAAAGUGUUAGAAAUUUUAUUAA